CACUAAGAGAGCAUGCAAAUAAAAGCGAUAAACAGCCAGGGUUGGUAUCAGGAAGUUGCAGUGAAUGAGGAAAAAUACGCUGAAGUUCCUCUUUCUGUAGCUGCGAGGAUCCAGUCCAGUUUGACCAGAGCGUGGCACGGUGUGCUUCGUCUACUUUGGCCGAGUAAAUGCUUCAGAAUACAUACACUUGACAUUCGACAGGAAUCAUGGGUUGUAAAAAAUCCAAGCUCGGAGAAGGCCAGAAGGGCGGCAUGCUUGAUGUAAAGAAAUGUGACCCUGUACGUACCGACAAAACUGUAUAUGUGAGAGAUCCAACCUCCCCUAAACCACACACUAUAAAUAAUUCUCCGUCAGGACUUCUGCCUGGUCAGAUGUUCCAAAAAAUGGAAGAGCAAAAAGAGUCCGGCAAAAUAGUCAUUGCUUUGUUCCCGUACGAGGCCAUGCACCCCGACGAUCUGGAGUUUAAAAAGGGGGAGAAGAUGCAUGUUCUUGAAGAGCAUGGGGAAUGGUGGAAGGCGAAGUCUCUGAGCACAAAGAAGGAAGGGUUCAUUCCCUCCAAUUAUGUAGCCCAGGCUGACACCAUGGAGACAGAAGCGUGGUUCUUCAAGGAUAUCACGAGGAAAGACGCAGAAAGACAACUGUUGGCGCCUGCCAACAAACCUGGCUCGUACCUAAUACGAGAGAGUGAAACAUCCAAAGGAAGCUACUCCCUGUCCAUCCGAGAUGUGGGUCCUCAGGGUUCAGAUGUUGUCAAGCAUUACAAGAUCCGCAGUCUGGACAAUGGCGGCUACUACAUUUCCCCCAAAAUCACAUUCUCUGAUAUCAUCAAAAUGAUAAACCAUUACCACAAGCAAUCCGAUGGGCUAUGUCGUAAACUAGAGAGACCCUGCGAAAAGCCAAAAGCCCAGAAGCCAUGGGACAAAGAUGCCUGGGAGAUCUCCAAAGAGUCCAUCAAGAUGGUGAGGAAGCUUGGAGCCGGACAGUUUGGGGAGGUUUGGAUGGCCUUCUACAACAACAGCACCAAAGUGGCUGUAAAAACCCUGAAGCCGGGCACCAUGUCCGUGGAAGCUUUCCUUGAGGAGGCCAACCUAAUGAAGACCUUGCAGCACGACCGCCUGGUGCGCCUGUAUGCCGUGGUCACCAAGUCCGAACCCAUCUACAUCAUCACUGAGUUCAUGGCCAAUGGGAGCUUGUUGGACUUCUUGAAAAGUGAAGCCGGUUCUAAAUUACAACUUCCUAAGCUCAUCGAUUUCUCAGCUCAGAUAGCAGAGGGCAUGGCCUAUAUUGAGAAGAAGAAUUACAUCCACCGAGACCUUAGGGCGGCCAACGUGCUGGUGUCUGAGAGCCUGCUGUGCAAAAUAGCCGAUUUCGGCUUGGCUCGAGUGAUCGAGGACGACCAGUACACAGCCAGGGAAGGAGCCAAGUUCCCCAUCAAAUGGACAGCUCCAGAAGCCAUCAAUUAUGGUUCCUUCACAAUCAAAUCAGAUAUGUGGUCUUUUGGGAUCCUACUCUACGAAAUUAUAACGUAUGGAAAAAUCCCAUAUCCAGGAAUGAGUAACGUUGAGGUCAUGAACUCAGUUCAGCGUGGCUACCGGAUGCCCUGUCCUGAAAACUGCCCCACUGAACUCUAUGAUAUUAUGACCACCUGCUGGAAAAACAAGCCAGAAGAUCGGCCCACGUUCGACUACAUCCAGAGCGUACUGGAUGAUUUCUACACCGCCACUGAGGGGCAGUACCAGCAGCAACCAUGAAGGGACAGUGUCACAGUCAUUUAUAGUUCAUAGUUAUUAAAUCAUAGUUUAUGAUCAUUAGAAGAGCAGUGAUGCAGCUGAAGCCAUGUAUACAUGUAAAUACGAUUAAUAUUUGCUACCAUCUGCUUGCUUAUUUUAAGCAAGAUCAAAAUGUUUCUUCAAAUUGAAGUUUUAUUUGCUUCACUGUAAAAGUAUGCUUCAUAUAUGUUGUGCUAAUUUCAUUUAAUGUAUUUUUAAUUUUUAGUUUUAGUGACCGCAUUUAUAAAUUACCAAUAAUUAUACUACAGAAGAAGCCCAUCCAAUGAAGCCAUUUGGUUGACAUAAUAAAUUAUUAAGUUUAGAAAUCA